CCGACUGCCAACAAAUACUUUAUUACAUUCUAGUACACAAGAAAUCGGGCUUUUAACCAAAAGCCAAAAGCCCCAAAUCAAACCCUUUGUCCCACUCUCCCAAUUUCAACUUUAAAGGAACAAGUAACAGAAAUGCAGUAAAAUAUCGAGAUUUCAGACACAAGCACAAAAUAUACACACAUUGACCCCUCAACUACCCAACUAUUCAAUAAUUCACCCAAUAUACGCUAAUCAUUCACCAAACAACAUAAAAACACCAUUUCCUAGUUCCUACAAACCAUAUCACAAGCAAAGUUCACAUUUUCCAUCACUUCAAAGAGAGAGAACACAACAUAAACACCCACCAAAAUAAAUUAAUAAAUAAAUAAAAAAUCUCUUAUAGAGAGAGAAAACUCCAACCACCCCCAGCGCCAUGGCCAUCCCUCAGAUCUCCGCCCUCCUCCUCCUCCUUAUCCCCCUCGCAGCCGCCGCAUUGCCGGAAAACUCUCCGGCAACCAGAACCCCAAACUCCGGCGGCCCCGUCGUGAACUCCAACUCCGUCCUCGUUGCCCUCCUCGACUCACACUACACCGAGCUAUCGGAGCUCGUCGAGAAGGCCCUUUUGCUCCAAACCCUAGAAGACGCCGUCUCGAGGCACAAUAUUACCAUUUUAGCCCCCAAGAACGAAGCCCUCGACCGGAAUCUGGACCCGGAUUUCAAACGGUUCUUGAUGGAGCCCCGAAACCUCAAAUCCCUCCAAAAUCUCCUGCUUUUCCACAUGAUCCCGACCCGAAUCGAAUCCGGGCUCUGGCGGGCCGAGCCCGCCCACCACCCUACCCUCUGCCGCGACGCCGCCGGCGAACGCAUCCCCCUCCAGAGAUCAAAGUCCGGCGAGUUGUCCGCCGGGUCGGCCCGGGUAGUCCGCUUCGACGACGUCCUCCGGCCGGACGGCGUCAUCCACGGCGUGGACAGGCUCCUCGUCCCGAAAUCCGUCCAGCAGGCCUUCAACGCCCGUCGUAGCCUCCGCGCCGUCGCCGCCGUCCUCCCUUCGUCCGCGCCGGAGGUCGACCCGCGCACACACCGCCUCCGCCGGCCGGCGCCUCUGGCUCCGGCCGGCUCCCCUCCCGCCCUCCCCAUCUACGACGCCAUGGCCCCAGGCCCCUCCCUGGCGCCGGCGCCGGCUCCAGGGCCCGGAGGGCCCCGCGGGCACUUCGACGGCGAGAGUCAGGUGAAGGACUUCAUCGCGACCCUCCUCCGGUACGGCGGGUACGGCGAGGUGGCGGACAUGCUGGCGAACCUGACGUCGGUGGCGGCGGAGAUGGGUCGGCUGGUGUCGGAAGGUUACGUGGUGACGGUGCUGGCGCCGAACGACGAGGCUAUGGCGAAGGUGGCGGCGGAGGAGGUGGCGGAGGCGGGGGCGGCGGAGAGGUUGAUAUACUACCACAUGAUACCGGAGUACCAGACGGAGGAGAGCAUGUACAACGCGGUUAGGAGGUUCGGAAAGGUGAGUUACGACACGCUGCGGCUGCCGCACAAGGUGGUGGCGGAGGAGGCCGACGGGUCGGUCAGGUUCGGGUCUGGCGGCGGCGGCGGGUCGUCGUCGGCGUAUUUGUUCGACGCGGAUAUUUAUACAGACGGGAGGAUAUCGGUGCAGGGGAUCGACGGGGUGUUGAGGCCGCCGGAGGAAACGAAGCCGGCGGCGGCGCCGAGGACGGCGGCCGGAGGGCGGGUUGUGUCCAAGCCGAGAAGAGGAAAAUUAUUGGAAAUUGCAUGUACUAUGCUUGGGGCAGUUGGACAGGAUUCUCAUUUUUCAAGCUGCCACUAAAUUUUAUACUCAUAAAAAGUGNACAAAAUCAAAA